GGAGGGGGCGUGCCCGCGCUGGCGCCGCCCCGCGCUCUUAAAGCCGGGCUUGGGACGGGCGGCAUGUUGAGUCGCCGAGGAGGAUCCCCGCGCUGCCCUUCGCGCUGCCACCCGCGCCGCCGCCAUGUCCUUGCUCCGAGGUGUGUUCAUCGUUGCUGCUAAGCGGACACCCUUUGGAGCUUACGGAGGUCUUCUGAAAGACUUCACAGCUACUGACUUGGCUGAAUUUGCUGCUAGGGCUGCCUUGUCUGCUGGCAAAGUCCCCCCUGAAACUGUUGACAGUGUCAUUGUAGGCAAUGUAAUACAGAGUUCUCCAGAUGCUAUAUACUUGGCAAGACAUGUUGGUUUGCGUGUGGGAAUGGCCAAAGAGGUGCCAGCUCUCACUGUUAACAGGCUCUGUGGCUCUGGUUUUCAGUCCAUUGUUAGUGGAUGCCAGGACAUUUGUGUUAAAGAUGCUGAAGUUGUCUUGUGUGGAGGAACCGAAAGCAUGAGCCAGGCUCCCUUCUUUGUCAGAAAUAUUCGUUUUGGAACCAAGUUUGGAUCAGAUGUCAAGCUGGAAGACUCUUUGUGGAUGUCAUUAACAGAUCAGCAUAUCCAAACCCCGAUGGCAAUUACUGCAGAGAAUCUUGCUGUAAAACAUAAAAUAAGCAGAGAAGACUGUGACAAAUACGCCCUGCAGUCCCAGCAGAGGUGGAAAGCUGCUAAUGAUGCUGGCUACUUUCAUAAUGAGAUGGCACCAAUUGAGGCGAAGACUAAGAAAGGAAAACAGACAAUGCAAGUGGAUGAACAUCCCCGGCCCCAAAGCACCCUGGAGCAGUUAAAUAAACUUCCUCCAGUGUUCAAGAAAGAAGGAACCGUUACGGCAGGGAACGCAUCGGGGAUUUCUGAUGGUGCUGGAGCUGUCAUCAUAGCUAGUGAAGAUGCUGUUAAAAAACAUAACUUCACACCACUGGCAAGAAUCGUGGGCUAUUUUGUGUCUGGAUGUGAUCCCACUAUCAUGGGUAUUGGCCCUGUCCCUGCCAUCAGUGGGGCGCUGAAGAAAACAGGACUGAGUCUUAAGGACAUGGAUUUGGUAGAAGUGAAUGAAGCUUUUGCUCCCCAGUACUUGGCAGUUGAGAAGAGUUUGGAUCUUGACCCAAGUAAAACCAAUGUGAAUGGAGGAGCCAUUGCUUUGGGUCACCCAUUGGGAGGAUCUGGAGCAAGAAUUACCACACACCUGGUUCAUGAAUUAAGGCGUCGGGGUGGAAGAUACGCUGUAGGAUCGGCCUGCAUUGGAGGGGGCCAGGGAAUCGCGGUCAUCAUCCAGAGCACAGCCUAGGAGAGCAGGGAGCCUCCAUGGCCCAGGCUCAUGUGAACUGGCUAAUGCGCAACUGGCCAUGCCCUGCACUGAGCGUGAUGGCGUUUGAUCAGGGAGUAGUGGGGCAAAGAUGCAUUUAUCAUGAACAAGAGCCCAUGUCAGAAUAAAUUCUCUCAAAUUUGCACCAAAUAUGAUGUACAUCUGAACUAAAACCCAGCUAUAGAAGGCCUUAAAAAGAAUUGUAUCCUUGCCAAAUAACCACCACUUUUGCCUUAAAAAAUAUGAUUGCUAGGAAAUAGAAUAAAUUCUGCCUUAACUUCA